AUGAACCCAUCGGUGGAGCUCCCUCCAGCUUUUUGCUCCCUUAGGGACUUUCUGCUUAAUUUGACUCAAGAACAAGCAUUACACCAGCAAGUCAUUGAAUUAGCCCAUCUGAUCUGUUAUAAUUCUAUCUUUACGUUUGAUGGAGAAGUCUACAAACAAAAAAGAGGAGACCCCGUGGGUAGCCCAGUAUCCAGGGACCUAUGCGAAAUGGUCAUUAGGCAACUUGAACGAAAAAUACUUCCACUGUUCCUCCCGAACAUCUUACUCUGUAGGAGGUAUGUGGACGACAUCCUCAUCAUGUGGAAGACAAUACCUGACAUCUCAAAUUUCGUACAAACCGUAAACAAUAAUCCCUACAGCCUAACACUGGAAAUGGAACAAUCUUGCAACACUGAGGUCCACUUUUUGGAUAUAAACAUUAAAGUAGAAGGAUCCGCCAUCGUCACGUCGGUAUACCGUAAACCUUAUGCCGCCUCUAUAUACAUACCGGUAGGUUCAUCCGACCCAUUCACCUACAAGGCUGUAGCAUUUAAUACUUUGAUUAAAAGGGCCUUUUCCCACUCGUCCACCACGCAAGCCCUCAACACCGAAUUGAAUUAUAUCAAGAGAAUAGCAGCCAAGCACGAUUACCAUGGUCUAACACACCAUCUAAUUGAGCGACAUCAACGGUCACAAUACGCACCCACUACGUGUACGAAGACCAAUACUGACCAGGAUGAACGUAAACGCCUCCCAGUCACCUUUAACCCAUAUGUUAAAGCGAUAUACGCUGAGAUCGCCAGAAAACAACAAUUACAAAUAGCCUAUAGAAGAUGCCCAACAAUCUACAACAUCCUCAGAAAUGGAAAAGGCAGUCCAGUUUGUAGCAGGCUUCCUGGUGUGUACUCUAUUCCGCUGAAAGAUAACAGAUGUAAUGAAAGCCUUGUCUACAUCGGCUCAACCAAGCGAUCUUUAAACACCAGAGUACAAGAGCAUCAAGCAGACCUUCGGCAUGGGCGGUACACAACGGCCCUAACCACCUNGAAAACAACAAUUACAAAUAGCCUAUAG